AUGCUCCGCCGUGUGACCUCCUCCCUCCUCUCCAGCGCCUCCCGACGCCGCCUCUCCACUGAAGUGCCGGCGACACCAGCGGCGGACUUGAACUUCAUGGAGGCGUGGAAGAAAGUGAGCCCGAAUCUGGAGCCUCCGAAGACGCCGCUCUCGUUCAUGAAGGCGCGGCCGCCCACUCCCUCGGCCCUCCCUUCCACUCACCGUCAACUUCGUCCUCCCCUACGCUUCCCAAUUGUCCGCAAAAGAGGUCACCUCCUCCUUCUUCUUCAAAUCUCUGGAGGCUUCUGCUUCGGUUUGUUUGUUACUGCAUUUUGCACGUGCUGA